AUGUUAAACUCCCAGUCGCCAAUGAGACAGGCGCACCGCCUCAUGCCUUCUCUUUGUCCUCACAUGUUUGAGCAGUCGCUGCGGGCCGACUGGUUUGGCCAGUACCAGUCGGCCCGCAGCGAGGCAGAAAGCCCUUAUCCACUCAUCAGAAGCCAGUCUCUCACGGUUCAAAAUCCAGAGGGAUGCGUUAUCUUCGACAAAAGACUUGUGGGAGAAGAAGCACGUCUCAAGUGGAUGAGCCGGAUGAACAAAGAUAUGGUUGGAAAUGAAAGUGGCUUCCGAGUUAAGGAGCAUAUUGCAUGCAACGUGGCACUAAAUGUGUGUUCAUGUACAGCUGACGAAAAGAGGGGUUGGGUCCCAUUCUCAAACUUGAUUUUUCCCAGAGUUUGGGCUCAUAAUCUGCAUACUGCUUUUUUGGAAACCCAUCCUGAUCCAGAGGCAAUACAGUUUCACAGAGCACAAGAGUACAGCAGGUUUCUGAAGAGGUGA